AUGCAUAAGAGAAUAUGUGACUUAGGAGACACUUUGUUGCUACAUGCAGAUACAACAGAAGCAAGCAGAAUUGAGGACACUGUAACAAGUCUUGGACAGCUCUUAUACACAGUUAUAAAUUCUUCAGAUGCACAGCAGCUACAUCUGGAUAGCGUUCACCAAGAGUGUCUAGAAUGUGAAAAACUUAUUGAGGACUUACUCAUCUGGCUUAGAAGUACACAUAUAGUAUUGCAUAAGGUCAUUCCUAAAACACAUAAGGAACUGCUAAUCGACCUUGCUAGAUGUCAAGAUACUUUAAGUGGCUUCAUACACUUAGAACAUAAACACCAACAGUUGCUAGCCAAGGAGAAAGCAAUCUUUAAAUUGGUCCCAAGAGAGGGCUUUAAUAUUCUGCAUGAGCGAAUACAAUUACUUGAUAAGCAGUGGGCGGAGCUGCAACAGCAGACAGUUCUUAGAGAACACAGAGUGACACAGGAUCUGUCAAGAUGGACAACCUUUAAUGAGCACUUGAAGUCAAUUAUGGACUGGACUAACAGCUUUAUAGAAGAAGCAGGAUCAUACAAGGACAUGCUUGUAGAAGAUUCACUGAACAAGAUGAAGUCUGAAUACAAACAACAAUUACAAGAGAAAGAGCUUGAAAAGCAAGAAGUUCUCCUACAAGGAAGACAGUUGAUUAUGAUCAGCUGUGAAAGUCAAUCAUCAGACAUUGAAUUAAAACUUUUGCUUCUUGAAGACAAGUGGCAUAAAUUAAAGGACAUCUUGGUUGCCAGACAGCACAAACUACAAGAAACAGUUUCAGUCAGGAGACAGCUCAAAAUCAACUUGAAGAACUUGAACCUAUGGUUGUCAUUUGUGGAGAAUCAGCAAACUACGCGAACUUCAUUCAUAAAAUGUGGACUUGACCAGAGUGAGAAAAAAUUUAAGGAGAGUCAGGAGUUACAGCUUGAUAUUCAACAUCACAGCACGGAUGUUUCUUCUGUGUUAAAUUUAUGUACUGUUCUGCUUCGUAAUCCUGAUGUGUGCUCCACAAAAACUGAGUGCAUUACCCUGCAGCAUACCAUGAACAACCUAGUGAAACGUUGGCAAAAUGUAUGCACUGUCACAUUACAGAGAAUAAAUAGGUCACCAAAUAUGAGCUCAACUCCAUCAUUUGAAACACCUGCGAGUCCAAAUAGAGAAGCAGGCAGGGACAGCAGAGAUGGGCAAGCAUCAGCAAGACAGGACUUUGAGAAAUCAUCCAGGAUAGACAUCUUACUUCAUCAGCAGGUGAAAUCUCUUGAUGACUGUGAUGUCAAGUUAACCAGACUUGAAUCAGCCUUAUCAGCCAAAGGUGACAUCCAGCAGAAGCAGCCCUUAUCAGGAGUUCUGUUUCCUGCAUUACACAUCAGAAAUCAAGAAAAAAACAAUUUGGAUACAGAACCUGAAAGAUCAGUGAUGGCCUCAUAUUACAAGAAGCAUGCAGGCCAUACAGCAUUGUUUAUGCGUGUGAUCCGUGCAGCAUUACCACUGUAUUUGUUGUUUCUGUUACUGCUCUUGUUGUUCUGUCUGUUACCUGUUUGUGAGGAUGAAUAUCAGUGUACCUUUGGCAAUAAUCUUCAUCACUCUAUUUCACCAAUGUUGCAUUACACAGAUGGGGCUCCACCUACUUGA